CUGUGACACACGUUAGUAAAUGUGCCUUUUUUUUUUUUUUUUUUUUUUUUGGGAAAGUUAGAUGUUACUGCUUCCCUUUACCCUAUUAAUGGAAGUGUGGAACCCAGGAAUAUCCUUUACGACUUUUUUUUGUUGUCUUGUUCUUCUUGCAAUGCCCCAUUGUAAUGGAGAGGACUAUCCAAUAAUUUCUUCUUCAAAUAGGCUUCUUUUUUAUGGGUAGAAUGUUACCGAUCAUUGUGUUGACUAAGGGAUCAUCAUUCUUUAGGAUUCGACUUUGAUAUCAGUUGUUAGAUUAAUUGUAUUUAAUUAAAAUAUUAACUAUUAGUAAAGUGACAUUUAUCUAUAUAAAUCCUAAAUUUUUUUCUUUACUAACGGAGAGUGAGACUCGUUCAACAUGAAACAUGGUGGUUUAACUCUUUUACUGUUUAUUUUCAUAUAAAUUUCUCCCCUCCUAUAUAUGCACGUGUAUAUUUGACCUUCAAGAAAAUUUGUUCACUCUCUUUUUUGUUCACCGUCUUCUUUAUUCACUCCAAGGCGAUGUCUUUUCUUCUAAUUAUUUCCACACAUAAUGAACCUACUUUCGCACCAUAUAUGUUGCUAAUACUAUGAUGAUAAAGUUCUUACUUUGCAACUUUUGCUAAAUAUUUGUAUGUUCUUGGGUUAUGGAAAUUAGGGUGAAAUUUAAGCUUUGUGAUCAACAAUUCACCAUGAAACUUAUUUGGGUAAUUGUGUUGAUGGUUUUCUGUAAUCGGUACUUUUCAAAUGGAGCCAACAUAAAUGUUUCAACAAGGCCUGAAGUUGUGAACAUUGGUUCCAUAUUCGUUUUCGAUUCUAUAAUCGGGAAAGUUGCCAAAGUUGCCAUAGAAACUGCAGUUGAAGAUGUGAAUUCCAACCCUAAUGUUCUUGGUGGAACCAAGCUCAAUCUUGCAAUGUAUGAUUCCAAUUCUAGUGGAUUUCUGGGCAUUGUAGAGGCUUUACGGCUCAUGGAAGAUGAAAUUGUUGCCAUAAUAGGACCUCAAUCGUCCGUUAUAGCUCAUAUGAUUUCGCACAUUGCAAAGGAGCUGCAAGUCCCUCUUUUAUCCUUUGCAGCAACAGACCCCACCCUGUCUUCACUUCAGUACCCGUUCUUCGUUAGGACAACGCAGAAUGAUCUGUUCCAGAUGGCCGCAAUUGCAGAAAUUGUUGAGUACUAUGAAUGGAGAAAAAUAAUAGCGCUCUAUGUGGAUGAUGAUUUUGGCAGGAAUGGGAUAGCAGCCUUAGCAGAUCAACUUGCCACGAAAAGUUGUCAAAUCUCUUUUAAAGCACCAAUGAGGCCUGAAGCAAGGCGAGCUGAGAUCAUGGAUGUCCUAGUUAAUGUGGCUUUAUCCGAUUCUCGGAUUCUUGUUCUUCAUACUUAUGACAGUUGGGGUCUAGAUGUACUUGCUGUGGCCAAAUAUCUUGGGAUGUUGGAUAGUGGUUAUGUGUGGAUUGCUACAAAUUGGCUCUCUAAUGUUUUGGACACUAAUUCUCCUCUCCCUUCAGAGGUAAUGGGUAAUAUUCAAGGAGUAAUCACAUUGCGAAUGUACACUCCGGAUUCAGAACUGAAAAGAAACUUUAUCUCAAGGUGGAGCAACUUGACAAGUAAAAAAAGGGCUAAUGGUGGUUCUUUUGGAUUGAAUACUUACGGCCUAUAUGCCUAUGACACUGUUUGGCUGCUCGCUCGUGCAAUUGAUGCAUUUUUCAAUCAGGGUGGAAAACUUUCCUUCUCUAAUGAUUCCAAGUUAAAUUCGCUGCUCGAAGGGGGUUUGAAUCUUGAUGCUAUGAGCAUCUUUGAUGGAGGAAACUUGUUGCUUGAUAGCAUUUUAAAGGCUAAUAUGACUGGUCUAACAGGACCAAUCAAGUUUACUCCUGACAAGUCCUUGAUUCAUCCUGCAUUUGAAGUUAUUAAUGUCAUUGGCACAGGCUAUAGAAGGAUUGGUUUUUGGUCAAAUUAUUCUGGAUUAUCAGUUGUGCCUCCGGAAAUACUCUACACCAAGCCACCAAAUCGUUCAAGUUCAAAUCUGCAACUGUACAGUGUAAUCUGGCCUGGACAAACUAUACAGAAACCUCGCGGAUGGGUUUUUCCAACCAAUGGAAGGCAGUUGAGAAUUGGAGUUCCUAAUGGCGUUAUUAAUCAUGAAUUCAUUGGAAAAAUACCGGGCACUGAUAUGUUCAAAGGGUACUGCAUUGAUGUAUUCAUUGCUGCCCUGAACUUGUUGCCAUAUGCUGUCCCGUAUAAAUUCAUAGCAUUUGGAGAUGGUUAUGUUAAUCCAAAUUGUACUGAGCUUGUGAGCUUAAUUACUACGGGUGUAUAUGAUGCUGCAGUAGGUGACAUUGCUAUCACCACUAAUCGUACAAAAAUGGCGGAUUUCACUCAGCCAUAUGUCCAGUCAGGGCUAGUCGUAGUGGCUCCAGUUAGGAAGCAAAAUUCUAGUGCUUGGGCUUUUUUGAGGCCGUUUACUCCAAAGAUGUGGUGUGUCACAGGGAUUUCUUUCAUAAUUGUUGGAGCAGUUGUUUGGAUUUUGGAGCACAGGAUGAAUGAUGAUUUUCGCGGUCCCCCUAAGAAACAAGUUUCCACUAUUCUAUGGUUUAGCUUUUCAACUUUGUUCUUUGCCCAUAAAGAAAGAACAGUGAGCACCCUCGGUCGCCUUGCGCUUAUCAUAUGGCUAUUUGUGGUUCUAAUUAUCAACUCAAGUUACACUGCAAGCCUGACCUCAAUACUUACUGUGGAGAAGCUUUCUUCGCCCAUUAAAGGUAUCGAAAAUCUAAUGGAAAGCAAUGAUCUGAUUGGCUACCGACAGGGUUCAUUUACCCGAAAUUAUUUGAUCGAGGAACUUGGCAUUCACGAGUCAAGGCUCGUCGCUCUCAAUUCAGCUGAAGAGUUUGAUAAUGCCUUAAAAAAAGGUCCCAAGAAUGGUGGUGUUGCUGCAUUGGUUGAUGAGCGCGCAUAUAUUGAACUCUUCCUCUCAACCCGGUGUGAAUUCAGUAUUGUUGGUCAAGAGUUCACCAAAACUGGAUGGGGAUUUGCCUUUCAGCGGGACUCUCCUUUAGCAGUUGACAUGUCAACUGCCAUCCUGAAACUGUCAGAGAGUGGGGAUCUUCAAAGGAUUCAUGACAAAUGGCUUACAAGAAGUGCCUGCAGUUCACAAGGCUCAGAGCUUGAAGUAGACCGGCUUCACCUGAAAAGCUUUUCAGGUCUCUUCUUCGUUUGUGGAUUAGCAUGCUUGCUUGCUGUCCUGGUGUAUUUCAUUUUGAUGGUGCGCCAGUUCAGCCGUUAUUACACUGACGAGUCAGAGUCAUCUGACAGAAGCUUACGAUCGGCAGCACGCCUUCAGACAUUCCUUUCAUUUGUUGAUGAAAAAGAAGAGACGGUAAAAAGCCGAUCCAAGAGAAGGAAAAUGGAGAGGAUUUCAACUAGAAGCAGUACCGAUGGAGAUGAAUCAACAACUGGUUCUAGGAAAAUCCAUAUGGAGUUUUCUUCAAAUAGAAGUGCUAGUUUUGACAGUGGAAUCUAUCCUGAAGCAAGUUAAAUAACUUCUCUUUAGCCUUUUAUAGUCUAUCUUCACAUUUGGUUUAGUGGUGUUAUUUCUUAUAACUAAUUAACUGUGAUGGUCUCUUGUAUGUGCUUUUUGUAACAAAAAAAGGUUGCGCAUACCAAUUAUAAUAUAAAACCUGGCUUGCAAAAGUGCAU